CGGACUGAAGCGAAGACUAAGCACCACGAUACUUCAAUCAGGAACGUGGCUGACAGCAUCUCAUCACCCACCAUGCCACUCCUUUCUUGGUUCAGUUGGUUUUCCACACAAACCAUAAAACCAACUAAACAUACUCUUGCUUUCUAGAAUAGUGUCCAAAACAGUUACUGUCAGUCUUAGAAAAUAAAAAAUUAGAGCUUUUUUUUUCUUUUUUUCUUUUGCCAAGUUCUACACCUUUUUUCUUCCACUAUUGACCUUUCAGCGUUUUCUUUCUUGGUUUUGGAGAUAGAGAGAUAUCAUGCUCGAAAUUUAAGGAUUAAAAGAGUGUUGGUGUAUUGGGAAUCAGCUGCCUGUCAUCAGCCUGCAAGUGGGUCUGUGUUUGCGUGUGUGUCUAUUUGACUGGCAUGGGAUUGGUUCUUCUUGGAUCCAAUUCUUGAGAUUUCUUAUGAGGUAUGACUUGGAGAGUGAGAGGUUUAUAUAAUGCGGUCUCCCAUCAAAUUCAUAAUAUGUAGUUGGAUCUAGAAGAUGGAAAAUAAAGUUGUUUUGCCACUGAUGCGCUCUAGUUCAUUGGAGCAGAAGAUGGAAAAUAAAUUUGUCAAUGCUCAUAAAGAUGGCCAGGGAAAAGAAGAUUCAUUGCAUAGCUUGAGUAGCAAGGACAGAGCAUUCUCCAAGGAAGAUAGUCUAGAUUUUUCUGAGUCAAAAUCAAAAAAGGUGAUGAGAAGGGUAAAUUCACCUCGAGCAAUUCUUUUAAAUUUUAAGCAAUCACAAAUUCACAAAAGUUGCAAUGAGAAUUCAUUACUUCGAAGUACUGGUGGCUUGGACAGUAGGAUUCCAAAGCAUAUGAUAAGUGUAGAUGAGAAAUAUCUUCGUCGUUGUCUGGAAUUGAUUCAUAUCAAUGCAUCAAAAGCAGCACGAUGCAACACAUUUAUGAAUUUGAGCUCUCUGAAGAUGGGCAUUUUGUCUGGCAGCUUAAAUCCAACUAAAAUUAGAAGAAGAGAUACUUAUGAUUCGGCCAAUUUCAUUUUCAAAUGUCCAGUGGAAUCUGGGACUGGGGGUGUAGUUGUAAGCCCUGCAGGGCGAUGGAUUGUAGGUACUAUCAUGGGGAGCAAGAGUAUGAUGAACAUAUUGAAGAGCCCUUUGUUUCACCAAUUUGGUGUCUUAGAUGGCAAUGCCAACUUCGGAAGAUCUAAUUUGAAUGAUAUCAAAGGCUCAAUAUGCUAUGAAAUUAUGGACUCUCCCAGCGGGUCAAGUAUAUGUUCACCACAGAAGGGAAAAAUUGAACCUCUAUUUAUGUCAAGCCAUAAAAAAGGAUCUGAUAGGCACAAAAAGCCUGUUUCUAUGUCUAGCCCAAACUCCACAUGUUCUGUUCAGUCUUCUUCUGUUUCUGCCACUGUUUCUCAGGGGAUGCUCCAAUGUACAUGGAAGGGAGGGCUUCCUCAUUUUGUAUUCUCUGCAGAUGAUCAGAGGGAGGUUUACAUAACCAACUUGUGCAAGGUUGAGCCAGCAGAUGAUAAGGGUGUGGACUAUAUGUACUCAUUCCAUUCAAGAAAGGGUGGCCAUAAGGAUCAUGGAAUUUGUGAUAGUGAGUUGCGCCUUGUUGGUAAGAUGAAGGUAUCGGCUUCUUUCACCCUCUGCCCGGACAAUUCCAAAAUCAUGGAGACUGAGUUCAUUUUAUAUGGUGGUGAUGAAAAUUGUGACAUAGAGACACAUACUUCAAGCCUUAAUCUGAGGAAGAAUAAGGGUUUGUCAAAGAAGGUGGUGGAAGUGUUCAGAACGAGUCACUUGUCCAAACAUAAAACUUUCUCCAAGUUUGGCGGAUCUGGUGCCAUACUGGAAAAUUGUUCUUUAGAGCCAUCUGUGGAUAAAGGCAACAACUUUGAUGCAUUAGGUGGGGCCAAUAAGUUAGAAAAUCAUCUUUUGCCAAAUUUUGAAUUGGCUGCCAUUGUUGUGAAAGACCAUCUCCGUGACAAUCAUCAUCAGAAGGAAAUUGGAGGUUGGGGCUUGAAAUUUCUCAAGAAAUCUGGGUCUAGGCAAAUGAUUGAUUCUCCAGAAACUUCAGUACGUUGUGAAAGUUGUGCUCGAAAUACUGGUGAUUGCUGUACAAGUAUGGACAUUCUAAUCCCGGCAGGUCUUCAUGGUGGGCCGAGAACCACAAACUGUGGUCCUUCUAGUCUCACUGAAAGAUGGAGAUCUGGUGGAUGCUGUGAUUGUGGUGGUUGGGAUAUUGGGUGUCCUCUGACAAUACUUAAAACCAGAUCAAGCAAAGAUGGGAUUUUGUCUCAAGUGGAGAUGCAGGAGGAGUGCAAGUCAUUUGAUUUAUUUCAACAGGGUUCAGGGCAUGCUGCUCCCACCUUGAGGGUGGUAAAUGUUCAUGAUGGUUUGUAUUUUAUUCAUUCUCAACCACCUCUGUCAGCUCUGCAGUCUUUCUCGAUUGCAGUGGCAAUUAUCCACGCCCGGAGUCCCACUCUCCGGCCAAAAAAUGUACAAGAGUUGAAGUAACAAGAUCCAGGAUUGGUGUUUACGUAGUAGUUGUAACCCUUUCUGUACUGCAGCAGUAAGUCAGAAUUUUAGUAUUUAUACAUGAAGUGCGUAUUGAUUUUCAUGUUUUACGGUGGCUAAUCACCCUAGAUUUAGAGUGCUUCCAUACUUUAGGUUAGUUAGUACUGAUUGGUUUAUUUAAUAUUUUGAUUCUUGGACCAAAAACUUCUGUAAUCUGCUCCUUUAUGGCAAAUGUACAAGCUUGGGGUAUAGUGAAUUUGGUUUGAUAUCACCUUGAUGAUCAUUAGCAUAUAAUGAAAUUGGUGUAAUCCAUUGAACUUGAAUCUAUCAAGCUAUGUUUGUAGGACA